AGUGGCUUGAGAAUUAAGGAGUCGGUUCACUUCUCUUUCACAGAGACUCUUUUUCGAAACCCCACCGGCGUCUGAGAAAAAGCUAUGGCGAAACCCUUGAAGCGACAAGCGUCUUCCGAUGAUGCCACGUCCAAUGGCUCGAGCUCGUCGGAGGAAGAGGAACAAACUAACGAGCAGAUCAAUGAGGAGGAAGACGAGGAGGAGCUCGAAGCGGUGGCUCGCUCGGCAGCCUCCGACGAGGAUGAAGCUGUCGACGAUUCAGAUAACGAUUCAUCGCCCGUCGAGAAUGGCGAGGAAGAGGAUGGAAGUAAUGAGGGUAAUGAUGAUAAAGCCGAGAUUAGUAGGCGCGAAAAGGCCAGACUAAGAGAAAUGCAACAAAUGAAGAAGCAGAAGAUUCAGGACAUGUUGGAUGCGCAGAAUGCUGCAAUUGAUGCUGAUAUGAAUAAUAAAGGGAAGGGGCGCUUGAAAUAUCUUCUGCAACAAACUGAGAUAUUUGCUCAUUUUGCAAAAGGCGAUCAAUCUUCUUCCCAGAAGAAAACAAAGGGAAGGGGUCGCCAUGCAUCUAAACUAACUGAAGAAGAAGAAGAUGAAGAAUACCUUAAAGAGGAAGAAGAUGGUCUAUCUGGGACGGGGAACACUCGUCUUGUUUCACAACCAUCCUGUAUCCAGGGGAAAAUGAGGGAUUAUCAACUAGCUGGAUUAAAUUGGCUUAUUCGACUGUAUGAGAAUGGCAUAAAUGGAAUCCUUGCAGAUGAGAUGGGGCUCGGCAAGACGUUACAAACCAUUUCCUUGUUGGGAUAUCUCCAUGAGUAUAGAGGCAUAAUGGGCCCCCAUAUGGUAGUUGCACCAAAAUCUACUCUGGGAAACUGGAUGAAUGAAAUUCGCCGUUUUUGCCCUGUCUUGCGUGCUGUGAAGUUUCUUGGAAAUCCAGACGAAAGGAGGGAUAUACGAGAAAAUUUAUUGGUUGCAGGGAAGUUUGAUGUAUGUGUUACCAGUUUCGAAAUGGCCAUCAAGGAGAAGUCUUGCUUGCGUCGUUUUAGUUGGCGCUACAUUAUUAUUGAUGAAGCUCAUCGAAUUAAGAAUGAGAAUUCCCUCCUUUCAAAAACAAUGAGGCUUUACAAUACCAACUAUCGUCUUCUAAUCACUGGUACACCGCUUCAGAACAAUCUUCAUGAACUAUGGUCUCUCCUCAAUUUCCUUUUGCCUGAAAUAUUCAGUUCAGCUGAGACUUUUGAUGAAUGGUUUCAAAUUUCUGGGGACAAUGAUCAGCAGGAGGUUGUUCAGCAACUUCACAAGGUCCUUCGGCCCUUUCUUCUCCGAAGGUUGAAAUCAGAUGUUGAGAAAGGCCUACCUCCUAAAAAAGAAACAAUACUCAAAGUAGGCAUGUCACAGAUGCAAAAACAAUACUAUCGUGCUUUGUUGCAGAAGGAUCUUGAAGUUGUUAAUGCUGGUGGGGAACGUAAACGGCUUCUUAAUAUUGCAAUGCAGCUCCGGAAAUGCUGUAAUCACCCGUAUUUGUUUCAAGGUGCCGAACCUGGGCCUCCUUACACCACUGGGGACCAUCUUAUUACAAGUGCUGGUAAAAUGGUUCUUUUGGAUAAGUUGCUUCCAAAGCUGAAAGAGCGUGAUUCUAGAGUCCUAAUAUUUUCACAGAUGACUAGGCUGUUGGACAUUCUUGAAGAUUAUUUAAUGUUUCGUGGAUACUAUUACUGUCGAAUUGAUGGCAACACUGGUGGUGAAGAUCGUGAUGCAUCCAUUGAUGCUUUCAACAAGCCAGGAAGUGAGAAAUUUGUUUUCUUACUAUCAACCCGAGCUGGAGGCCUUGGUAUUAAUCUUGCUACUGCAGAUGUAGUUAUUCUUUAUGACAGUGACUGGAACCCUCAAGUUGAUCUGCAAGCCCAGGAUCGUGCUCACAGGAUUGGUCAGAAGAAGGAAGUUCAAGUGUUCCGAUUCUGCACUGAGUAUACCAUUGAGGAAAAGGUGAUUGAGAGGGCUUACAAGAAACUUGCCCUUGAUGCUUUGGUGAUCCAACAAGGACGAUUAGCAGAACAGAAAACUGUCAACAAGGAUGAGCUACUUCAAAUGGUGAGGUUUGGUGCUGAGAUGGUUUUUAGUUCCAAAGAUAGCACAAUCACAGAUGAAGACAUUGACAGAAUCAUUGCAAAAGGAGAAGCAGCAACAGCAGAGCUUGAUGCAAAGAUGAAGAAAUUUACAGAAGAUGCAAUUAAAUUUAAAAUGGACGAAACUGCUGAAUUGUAUGACUUUGAUGAUGAAAAGGAUGAGAAUAAAUUUGACUUCAAGAAAAUUGUUAGUGAAAAUUGGAUUGAACCACCUAAAAGGGAGCGGAAGCGCAAUUACUCGGAAUCAGAAUACUUUAAGCAAACAAUGCGACAAGGUGGUCCAACAAAGCCGAAAGAGCCUAGGAUACCUCGCAUGCCUCAGUUGCAUGAUUUCCAGUUUUUUAACACACAAAGGUUGAGUGAACUCUAUGAAAAAGAAGUUCGGUAUCUCAUGCAAACACAUCAAAAGAAUCAGUUGAAAGACACAAUAGAUGUCGAGGAACCUGAAGAAGUGGGUGAUCCAUUGACUGCCGAAGAGCUGGAAGAGAAGGAGCGACUUCUAGAGGAAGGAUUUUCUUCAUGGAGUCGCAGAGAUUUCAAUACCUUUAUUAGGGCUUGUGAGAAGUAUGGGCGUAAUGACAUAAAAAGUAUCGCUUCAGAGAUGGAAGGCAAAACAGAGGAAGAAGUUGAGAGAUAUGCGAAGGUCUUUAAGGAGAGAUACAAAGAGUUAAAUGAUUAUGAUAGAAUCAUCAAAAACAUAGAAAGAGGGGAAGCAAGAAUUUCUCGUAAAGAUGAAAUAAUGAAAGCCAUUGGCAAGAAACUGGAUCGCUACAAAAAUCCAUGGCUGGAGCUUAAGAUCCAGUAUGGCCAGAAUAAAGGGAAAUUGUACAAUGAAGAAUGCGAUCGGUUCAUGAUAUGCAUGGUUCACAAACUUGGUUAUGGAAACUGGGAUGAAUUGAAGGCAGCGUUUCGUACAUCACCCUUGUUUCGCUUUGAUUGGUUUAUCAAGUCUCGAACGACACAAGAACUGGCAAGGAGAUGCGAUACCUUAAUCCGGUUAGUGGAGAAGGAAAACCAAGAAUACGAUGAAAGGGAGAGACAGGCUCGCAAAGAAAAGAAGCUUGCAAAGAGUAUGACACCAUCAAAACGUAGCUUGGCUAGGCAGACUGAGAGCCCAACUAACAUAAAGAAGCGGAAACAAUUAUCAAUGGACGAUUACGUAAACUCUGGAAAGCGGAGGAAGUAACUGUUUUUUUUUUAUGUUCUUUUCGACCCGUAAGAUCCAUUAUUGACUUUUUUGUUGAGGGAGAACUCUCUGCCAUAUCUUAGAUCCCCCCCAACUCAUAUUUUUGGGAUUGCCUUCUGGGAGUUCAGUAGAUCCGUAGGUUUAACUCGAAACUCAUGUAUAAAAUUAUUAGAUAUAACAAAAUCUUGUUCUCCUGACAAUAUCUUGUAUGCCAUAGUUGAUUUUUAGUUCCAAAAUAUAUUCUGCUUGGCAGAUGUGAUGCAGUGCAUCAAGCUCGAUCCAUUCAGCCUCCACUCUAAUCCGUCUGAAAGCACUAUCUUCUCAGAUCAGAAGCUGUGUAAGUAAUGUCUCUACCUUUAUUUUUUUCCCUCUUAAACAUUGUUUCCUAGUUAAAGAUUUUCUUUGGGCUGAUAA